AUGUCUAGCUCACAUCAACGUACUUAUAAAUGGCUUACAAAUAAACCUGAGGGAAGUCGUAUCGCUACGCCUCAUCAUCGUGUUGUUCCCCUCCGACCUGGCAACCUAUAUGGGGAAAACCAAACCGACGGUCAUCCAACGCAUCUCGUCACGGUACACGAAGAACAUUGUGUCGGGUCUCUGUCGCCAUUGACACAGGGAAUCCGAAAUUUUGAGAUCGUCGAGACGGAGUCUCCAGUAACCCCGAAGCCAUCUACGCCAGCAUGGGGCUUUCACGAUUAUACGCCUUCCCUCAGCAAAAAAAUUGAUACUAUCUUGAGACAUCGCCCGAUCUCGGUGGUGGAGUGUCAUGCUGAGGGUGAAGCCUGUGAUGUUGUAAUUGGAGGGAUGGAAAGUGUUACUGGGAGCUCGGCAUACAGGAAACAACUUAACUUCAAGAAUGAGCAUGACCCCGAUGUUAGGAUGUUGUUGAACGAGCCACGCGGCCGAAACGGGAAAAAUGCAGUGUUUCUACUACACCCGACUGGUAAAGCAGAUCGUUGUCUUGUCUUUGCCAAGAAUGAUGAAUACGUCCCGUUCUCGAUUUCUAGCAUGAUAUGUGCGGCAAAUGUUCUCGCGGAGUUCCCCCAGGCUGGGGGACCGCCUCCUGAACUCCCUUGUCAGCGAUACAUUUUUGAAACUGUUGCUGGUAGAGUGGCAGUGGAGGCUAACUAUAUAGAGACUAAACAUUACCAAGCUCGGUGUGACUCUGUCACAGUGUACGGAGUGCCGUCCUUUGUGUUGGAGGCUGGUUAUAAGUUGAAGGUUACAGGCCUUGGAGUAAUUACCGUUGAUAUUGUUUAUGGAGGCGUGUUUUGUGCCUUUGUGGAUGUUGAGUCGGUUGACUUGGCUGUUCAUGAGAGUAAUGCCAAUCAGAUGGUAGAGAUUGGCGAACAGAUCCGAAAAGCUCUUCUGGAGUGUGACCUCGAUAUCUCUCAUCCAAGAGAUUAUUUUAUUCGAGGAAUUAGUAACGUGGUGUUUACUGAGGCGGUGGAGGUGGAUGGAGAGGAGAAGUCCGGUAUCAGUGCGACGGUGGUGUCUCCUGGUAGACUAGACCGUAGUCCCUCUGGCACUUCAUUGUCUGCUUGGCUUGCUCUUUUGUCCCAUCGAGGUGGCAUUGACUGCAAGGAUCUCCGAAGUUAUAGCAUCUCGGGUUCUCAGAUGGUUGGUCGUAUUCGAGGCGGGUUGAAAGUUGGUAAAUACGAUGCCAUCUACCCUUGUAUUGAGGGCAGAGCAUGGGUGACUAGUUUCAAGCAGGUUGUUUUGGACCCUACUGACCCUUAUCCAAUGGGUUUCCGUGGCGCAGAUCAAUGGGGCCCUAAGAAACAGCAAGAAUUCGAAGUGGGUGGCUUAGGGAUCCACAUUGGCUCGUUGAGCGAACAUGGGAGUGUAGAUUCAGACAGAGAGAAGGUCAUUAAGCAAAUCGGCUGGAAGGGCGCCAACAGUGAUGUGGGAGGGAAUUAUUAG